AAAAAUAUAACAAAUAAUGGAUCGAAUCAAAAUUAACAAAUAAAAUGCCAACCCUAAGUAAAACUGAUUCAUUUUCAGAUAAACUUGUUAAACUUCAAUUAUUGCCACUAUAAUAAACCCUUUUUGAAAAAUAUAUAAAUCAUAAUUAUCAUUAAGCUUCUUGAGACAUGAGACAUUCUGAAAAUGUCAGACAUCUUAACCUGUUUCACGUUUUAAGAAUUAUUCAUUCUUCUUCUAGACUGGUUCUUGUGGUCUAAUAAUCCUACGGUCCUACCACUCAUUAUAGUAAGCCUAUUAGGCCUUACUCCGAUGAUGGGACAGGCCCGUAAAAUGUCAAAUCUUUCUAUCUAACUUUCAUCUACCCCAGAUCCAGCGAAGCCUCUCAUUUGGUGCGUCUCUCUUUCUUAUCAUUGUUUCUUGGAGUCUACGCGAAGACUGAGCUAAACCCACAUUUGCUGGCUUGUUUCCUUGCUUAGUUAACUGAAAUCUAAAGAUGAGAUAAAAUCAAAAGAAACGUUUGAUCCCUAUGUUUCCACGAAAUUUAUUCAUUUCCAGAAGAAGGCAUUUCGUGUAUAGUUAAACCCACAUUUGCUGGUUUCUUUUAUAGUAUUUUCGUUUUGUAGUUAAAGAUGGUUGAGCUGACUAUAACAAAUAUUUGGCUUUAAAUACAUAAAUGCAACAAAGAAAAAGACAACUUCAUUUGACUAUUAAGACAAAAUUUCAGAUGAUCAAACUGCACAAAAUAAGAAGAAACUGUCUUUAGCCAUAAGAUAAAGAUGCCUGAGCUGACUAUAACAAAUAAAACAAGACAUAGAUUUUGCUUUAAGAUAAUGACUAACAAUGUUAACACUUCUUGUACACUUUAAGACCAAAUCUUGAUGCUAUGGUUUAUCUAAAGAACACUUGAUCUGGUGGGUUUGGUAAGACAUUUGGUUUAUCUACCAAAAAUUGUUAUAAAAUCCAUAAUAGGAGAGUUGUUGAAGCAUUUAGUAAGUAACAGACAAUGGCUGAAACAAAGAGACUUGAGAGACUUAAAGCAAUGAGAAGUUUAUUAAAGAGUGAGAUGGAAAAAACAAAAACCUCUUCAUUGGUUCUAGAAAAGACAGGAUCUAAGCUUGAAGAGCUCAACACCAAGUUGUUGUCUUUAGAAGCUGAUGUUAAGGUAGAGAGAUGGAGAUCUUCUCCUUUCUCUGAUCAUAUCCGUUACACCAUUGCUCCAGUAUCAGCUGCUCUGAGAGUCUUUGCUACGGUUCAAGAACUCGAGAGAGAUCUCAUGUCAUGUAAUGAAGUUCUUGGUUAUGUUUCUGAUGUUAAACGUCUUGGAGAAGCAUUGAAGCUUCUGACAAGCAGCUGUGUUCUUGCUCUUAACUGGCUUGAAGACACAACCAAGUUCUUGUCCGAAAAUGGAAUGCCUGAAGAUCAUCCUUGUGGUUUAAGGUUCAAGACUUCUUUAGAGCUUCUAAGGGAACUUCAAAUGACCGAGGCUCGUGCUUAUCUAAGAGGAGGGAGUCUUUACACAGCGUUGGAGAAUCUCGAAAUAGAACUUGAGAUGAUUCUUGAAGAGGAGGAGGUUUUGUCUGAAUAUAACUUGAGAGACAUGAAGGCAAUCAUCAAGAGAUUAGAUGCUCACACAAUGUUAACAAACUGUGUGCAUGUUUACAUCAAGAACCGCACAAGAGUCAUUCAGAAACGGUUUGAGAUUGAUUAUCUAGAGAGAAAAAUCACAGAAACUGCUAUUGAAGGCUAUAUAGACCAAUGGAGAGUGGAUAUGGAGUUAGCUGUGAAAGAGGUCUAUGAGUUUGAGAGUAACCUCUGCUAUGAAGUGUUUAAAGACGUUGGAGAAGAAGAAUAUGUUCCAUUGCAUUGCUUUGGAGCAAUAGCUUCAAAAUCAGGGAUCAUUCCACUUCUCAGAUUUGGAUCAAGAAUCAGCAAAUGGAAGAAAAGUCCACCAAAGCUGCUAAGACUCUUGGAAUGUUUCUCUACAAUGGACAACGUUAGAACCGAAUUUAACCGUCUGUUUAUAGGAGAGGAGUGCUCAGAGAUACGUAGAGAAACAAGGGAGCUAAUAAGCAAUCUAGUUAAAGGUGUCUGCGAGAUCUUUUGGGAGUUACCUUGUCAGGUGGAGCUUCAAAGACCAAACUGUCCUCCUCUUGAUGGUGGUGUUCCCAAGCUUGUGAGUGUUGUGACUGAGUACUGCAACAAGCUGCUUGGAGACAAGAACAAGCCUGUGUUGUCUAAGAUUCUUGAGAUUGAUUUGGGGUGGAAGAACGAAAAGUAUCAAGAAGAGAUUCUCACAGGUCACAUGUACAACAUACUGAGAGAGAUUGCUUUGAACUUGGAUGCAUGGUCCAGUUCCAACAAAGAAACAGCUCUUUCUUACAUCUUUAUGAUGAACAACCACUCUCACUUCUGUGGUCUGAGAGAGACUCCUCUCGGGCUAAUGAUGGGAGAGUCUUGGCUAAACGCACAUGAGCAGUAUAGAGACUACUAUGCAGCAUUGUAUGUUAAAGAAAGCUGGGGAAAGCUCUUGUCUCUACUCAACAACAAAGCUCAAACCGUUAAGACAACACUACAAGCCUUUGCUAAAGGGUUUGAUGAGAUGUACACAAAGCAAUCACGUUGGGUUGUGGAGGAUGAGAAGGUGAGAUGGAAGAUAUGUGAAGCUAUGGUAAGAACGGUUGUGCCUAAAUACAAGAGUUACUUACAAAGUUACAUAAUGCUUCUUGUUGAAGAAGAUGAUUAUAAGAGUCAUGGUAAGGACAUGAACUAUUACACUCCAAAGGGUUUAGAGAUGAAGAUGAGGACAAUGUUUCAGAGCAAAGAAGAAAGAGAGUUUUCUCACUUUGAUGGAUAUAAGGAUUAGUCAGAAUCAUCACUUGACAUUUAGAUAAUCUGUAUGAUAGUUUGACACAGAAACUAAACUCGUUCUUGGUGAAAACAGAUUAGCUUUAGCCUUUACUUGAAGAAGCAUGUAGUGUAUUUGUAUAUGUGACAUAGAGAAGGUGCACACUUGGCUGUUUGUACUUUUGUGGAUGAUGCAAAUGAAAAUUGAAUCCCAUGA